UGGAUGAGUAUUUCUCCCGUGCUGCCCUGAAGAAGAUAAUGCAAUCCACUGCAGAGGAGCUACUGAAGGCAGGCACAGAAGCUGCAUUGAACUUUGUCCUGGAUGAGCUUGGCAUACCAAAAGAACUAUUAAACGGUAAGGAGCCCUGUCCAACCCCAGCCAGUUUGAGUAAAACCCAGCUGAUUGCAACAUUGGAGGAGAGACACCUUGACGCCACAGGAACUAGGAUGGAGAUGGAAGCCAGACUAUCUCACGAUGAUAGAACUUGUCAGUUCUUCACACUGCCGGCGUUCCCCCCGGAGCUGGCCAAAGUGGCCUACUGCUCCCUGAGUGAGAACUGCCUCCGUCUGGACUGCUGUCUGGAACUCAACAUCGAGGACCUGAAAUUCCGCCGCUCGUUCAAUGCCUUUGUGGAAGUAGAUGCCUGUGAUUUCACUCUCUACGUUGCCUUUCAGCACUUGCAGUACAAGAAGUUGCUGCUGAGCUACGAAUGGGGCAAGAAAGAGCAGCAGAUCAUUGCUGGUCCCAUCACCCUGAGCUACUCCAUCAACAAACUGGACGCUGAGAAGGUGUUUGAGAUAGACUUUGGGGCAUCUAUCUGUCAGAGUGCCGAUAAUUGCAUCUUUGAUGUGGACAUCAUCCAGGACUACAGGGUUCCAAUUCCAUUCUGCAAUGCCAACUUCUCAUUCUCCUUACCUGGUGGAGACACUCUGAGAGAUUUUGUGACUCAAGUCGGCAAGGGUGCUGGACAGCAAGCAAUCAACAUCUUACUGGAGUACAUCGGGCUCAGGGAUAAGAUUAAUGAUGGAGCAUGCGACAGGACAGCGCUGAUAGCACCAGAUGAAGAAGUAUGCACUGAUGUCAGCCUGCCAUCACUGCCCAGUGGAGUGACGUGUGAGUUUGCACAUCGCUGCCUUGGUGUGCGAUGCUGCACUGAACUGGAUCUUGAAAUCACUGUCUUGUCAGUCAACAUGUGGCUAAUUCUAGAUCCCUGCGAAUUCACGCUGUCCUUUGGGUUGGGAAUGUGGUCCUUGACGUUCACCAUAUUUGACUACCACUGGGGUACCCAGGAAGAGUUGAAGAUUGGCAAAGCCUUGACCCUGAUCUACACCAUUGACAAGCUGACUGAGGACAAGGUGUUUGUAUUGGACCUAGCACUGUCCCUGUGCCUGCCAGACUCAGACUGUGACUCGCCCUCUAUUGACAUCCUCAAGAAGACCAGAGUGCCGAUACCACUCUGCAACGAGAACGCUACAUUCUCACUUCCUGGGGAUGGAACUAUCAAGGGUUUCUUGGAGAUGGUCGGCCAGAAUGCUGCUGAAUCUGCCGUGGAUGCAAUUCUGGAGCAUCUAGGACUGUCUGAAUACAUCAGCCGUGAACCAUGUGUCCGUCCACAAGUUACUCAGAAUGGUUGGCAGAGAAUUUGUCCCAGAGAUGUCAGACUUCCCCACCUGCCCCAAAACCUGAUCUGCACCCUUCCAGAGAAGUGUCUAGGGUUCGAUUGCUGUCUGGAGCUUCCCAUCCCAGGGAUCAGUCCCAUCAGCACCCAGGUCUCCUUCAUCUUUGAUCCCUGUAACUAUCAGCUGGCGGUCAGUUUAGGCAGCUGGAGACUGAAUCUGCAAAUCUUGUCCUAUCAGUGGGGUCAGCUGGAAGAAAUCACCAUUGGAGAUCCUAUCACUCUGAGUCUGACCAUCGACAAGUUAGAUGCCCAGGAAUCCUUCCAGAUCUCUCUGGACAUCGCCAUCUGCAUCGACAGUGACUGUACAACCACACCAGUCCUUCAGGAUUCCCUGGUACCUAUCCCAUUCUGUAAUCUCAAUGCUUCCUUUGAGCUGCCAGGGGAUGGCAGCUUUGCAGGUCUUGCCCGGGAGCUCGCCGGGAACGUCGGGGAGUUGGCUAUUCAGGCUGGUCUCCGAAAACUAGGAAUCCAGCAAUAUGUGAGUAACCAGCAGUGUGAUAUGGAGGUCCUUGCCCCGAGUGAAAAUAAAUGUCCAAUUCUGAGAGUGCCACCUCCAAACAACUUCCUGACCUGCACAGUGGAUGACCGCUGCCUGGGCCUGACAUGCUGCGCCUCGCUUGACCUGGUCUUCACUCGGCUGUCCACCACCGCUUACGCCCUCCUAGACCCCUGUGAAUUCCAGCUGUCUGUCGGGCUGGGGUCCUGGUCCAAGAAUCUCACCCUCUUUGAAUACGACUGGGGAGUGGAUAAAGUGCUGGAUAUCAGUGACUCUGUCUACAUAGCAUACAAUGUUGACAAGCUGAGUGAGCAGAAGGAGUUCCUUAUUGACCUGUCAGUAACCCUGUGCAUAGAUGGCACCUGUCGACCAAUCCACCUGCUGCAGGCAGCUCAUGUACCCAUACCGAUCUGCAACCCCAAUGCCACCUUCACCCUACCUGGCAAUGGCACCAUCGGUGACUACCUGGAUUACUUGGGAGAUGAAGUCACGGAUGCAGCUAUAGACCUAUUGCUGGACUAUCUCAACCUCAAGAACUAUCUCUCCAGGAAUCCUUGCAGUUUGCCUCCAGCAUUGCCGGCUGGUAAUGACAGUUGUCCCGUGCAGUUUCCACCCACCCCUCCCCAGUUGUCUUGCCGUAUCGGCAGCCGUUGCACGAGUCUCCACUGCUGUCUGAAUCUAGACUUGAAGGUGACUCAGAUCAGCUCCAAGGCCUGGUUUAUCAUCGACCCCUGUGGCUAUACACUGUCUGUCGGGCUAGAGUUGUGGUUCUUCAACAUAUCGUUGUUUUCUUACGAGUGGGGAGCCAUGGAAAGUUUCAUGAUUGGAGAUGCUCUUGAUGUGAAGUUUUCCAUUGACAAGCUUGACACCACCAAGGAGUACGAAGUAGAUCUGGCCUUCUCUCUCAUCAUCGAUGGCAUCACUACAGACUUCCCCAUCAUGGCUGACCAGAGAAUCCCAAUACCUCUGUGUAAUGCCAACUUCUCCCUGGCGUUGCCUGGAGAUGGCUCGGUCAAAGGUUUCCUGAAGGAGCUGGGAGACAAUGUGGGACAGGCAGCCAUCCAGCUGGUCCUGACAAAGUUGAAUCUUGAGGAUAUUAUCACUGAAGAGACUUGUGAGUUACCACCGGCAGUGGCAACUAGUAGUCACUGCCCUACGAUCUCCUUACCUUUCCUGGAGAAUGUUGUCCAAUGCACCAUCGACGAUCACUGUCUUGGCAUCCAAUGCUGCAUCCACCUUGACUUUGUCAUCACUGAACUCAUGCUGAGUGCAAGGAUUCAAGUCGACCCUUGCAACUUCCAACUGUAUGUGGCCUUUGAGAACUGGGAACUGAACAUCACUCUCUUCAGCUACACAUGGGGGAAAAUGGAAACAACAGAACUGGGAAAUGCCAUGAAAUUAAGUUAUUCCAUUGACAAGCUGACAGCGCAGAAAGUCUUCUCUGUGACGCUGAACGUGAUGUUGUGCAUUGACGACACCUGCACCAUGACUCCAGUACUAGACCAUGUCUGGGUCCCUAUACCCCUGUGCAAUAUCAAUGCCACAUCAUUCACCUUACCUGGUGAUGGCACAGUGGGGGGAUUUAUAAGAGAUCUCGGCGGUCGCAUCGGAAACUCUGCCAUUGAUCUGGUGCUGGAAAAGUUUGGCUUGAGUGAGUAUCUCCACACUGGUCAGUGUGGCAUAGGAACGCCAGGGACAUUGAGGAGUACCUGUCCAGCUGUUGACGUCACCCAGCUCCCCGACUUCCUCUCUUGCACUGUCAGCGACUCCUGCCUGGGCAUCCAAUGCUGUCUGGAGAUGGACUUGAAGAUAACAACUCGCAGCGUCAAUGCCUGGGUCAUCCUGGACCCUUGCAACUUCACCCUGUCUGUGGGCUUUGAGAAGUGGGAACGUAGUGUGACCUUGUUCCAUUACCCACUGGGUGAUGUCAUGGAGGAAGUUGUGAACAGUGUGCUGAGAGUCAGAUGGCGCGUGGCAAAGAUCACUGAGGAAAAGCAGUUUGAGGUGGACUUGUCCCUAGUCCUCUGCAUAGAUGGAGAAUGUGACACACUGAUCUUAUUGGAGGGCAGUCGUUUCCCAAUACCGUUGUGCAACAGGGAGGCUUCUUUCACUCUGCCUGGAGAUGGCACCAUAUCAGGCUUUUUGGAUUACCUCGGUGGUAAUAUCGGUCAGUUUGCCAUAGAUGCAGCCCUGCGUCAUCUUAAUCUGGGCAGCUUUCUAACAGGACAGGCAUGCACCUAUCACAGACAAGAUGUCUGUGCCAGUUCCUCAAGUAUCCUAGGCAACUGCACUGUGAUUGGUGAGACGUGCACAGAGCUGCGAUGCUGCCUGGACCUGGACCUGAAGAUAGCUGAUGUCUCGGCCACGGCGUGGUUCAAGUUUGACCCCUGUGACUUCACCUUCUCGUUGGGUCUAGAGAAGUGGUCGUUCCAUGGGUCCGUCUUCAGCUAUCAGUGGGGAGAGGAAAUGACAGAGUCCAUAUCUUCUGUAAUGAACUUGAGAUAUUCUAUUGAUAAGCUGAACGACACCAAAGAGUUUGAGAUCAGCAUGACCCUAGAAUACUGCGUCGAUGGACUGUGCUCUGACAUCAACAUAGAGCAUAACAUCCCCAUUCCUAUCUGCAACCCAGGCUUCAGCAACUAUACCCUCUCUGCUGAUGGUUUCGUAGAAACUCUAUCGGGACAGGUCAUCCAAGGAGCAACACUGGCUCUUCUAUCUCGGCUUGGAAUCGCCCCAGACUUCUUCAGUGAUGCACCGUGUGUCAACCCCGCACCCCAGUCCUAUGGCAAUUGCCCCAGCAUGCAGGUUCCCAGUAACCUGACCUCCCUGGCUCACUGUGGCAUCCUCAACACUUGCUUUGGCAUGCAUUGCUGCCUGGAUGUGAACCUUGGACCGCUGAAUCACUCAUUCAGUGCCUCUUUGGAGAUAGAUCCAUGCCUGGGCCAGCUGACCCUACAGUUUGGCAACUGGCAGUACAGUAAAUCCCUCUCACACCUGGACUUUGACACCAGUCAGGAGAUUACCAUUGGAAACUUUAUAACACUUGGAUACACACUGGCUCUCAUGGAUGGUCAGAUAUCAGUCAGUCUGUCUAUAGAUGCCUGCAUCGAUAGUCAUUGCACAGGACAACUAAUGAUCUUAGAUGGUGCGUUAUCUCCUCUUCCUAUGUGCUUUCCCAACGGAACCAUCUCCUGGAAGAAUUUACCAGGUAUAACCUCCAUUUCUCAGUUGGGAAGCCUGGAUGCUGGAUUCGAGGCUGUUGCUCAGGCUCUUGGCUUACCAUCACGUCUAGUCUCGGCCUCACCUUGCCCACCAGUCAUCCUGCCUGGCCAGUCUGGAGCAUGUCCGCACCUUCCCUCUCUGCCCACCCUUCCAUCAGGGGGUGUAUGUCACUAUUCAGAUACCUGCCUGGGGGUGGAGUGUUGUCUAGCAGUAGACCUCGGCAUCAUCAGUCGCACCCUGAGGGCCUGGCUGAUCGUAGACCCCUGUGAUUUCAAACUGAGCGUUGGAUUUGAGAACUGGAGUUACAAUGUCACUCUUUUGAGUUACAAGUGGGGCAAAGUCACAAGGGAAAGGCUGAGUGAUGUGGUCCUGCUCACCUUCACCGUCGACAAGACCACAGACAACCGUAACUUCCUCCUCUCCCUCUCCCUGCAACUCUGCAUCGCUGGAGUCUGUGCUCCUGACAUUGUCAUCCUUCAGGGCUUCACAGCACCGAUACCAUUCUGUAAUCCUAACGGCACUUUGGAGUGGGCUCAAGACUUGGUUGGUGGCAUUGGUGACUAUGCUAGUGGCCUGGUGGUGAACCGUCUCGGUGUCAGCACUGAUGUUCUCCUACCUCAACCAUGUAGCGGUCCACCAGAGCAGAUCACACCGACAACAACAGGCUGCAGUUCCCUCUCUCUGCCAUCUUCCAUCGCCCAGUACUGCUCCCUGGACCAGUCCUGUCUCGGGGUGGGUUGCUGCUUGAACCUUGACCUGGGCGUAGUUCAGAGGUCAUUCUCAGUCUGGAUGAGGCUGGACCCCUGCGCUCGCACCUUCUCAUUUGGCUUUGAGAAAUGGAGUCACACAGAGAUGCUCAGCAUACAACUAUUGCAGUCUCAUUCCUUUGAGAAAAAGCUAGGAGAUUUGAAAAUCAGGUAUGACGUGGAGCGUCCCCACAAUACUAUCUAUGACGUGGAUCUAGACAUCAGCUUGUGCUGGCAGGGUGUGUGUGAUGAACCCAUCGUCAUUCUCAGAGAUGCAAUGUUCUCAGGAUCACAUUGUGCUGAUCAGCAAGGCGGAGGCAGCAGCACAAGGAGGAAGAGGAGAAGUGUGGACGACCUUACCAGUGAAUCUGCCGAGGGAAUGGACAGCAUGGAUGAGGUGACAGAUAACCCUAUAGACAAGGCCAGGGCAUACUUUAAGACUAUUCUUAGUAAAAAUUCCACCUCAUAUUCAGCAGAGGAAAACACCAUGACAAAGCUGCAGCCAGAGAAAGUGGUCAAGCCCAGGAUUCCUGAAUCAGGCACAUCAAGCCGUCGCUCCAUGGGUCUACUCGUCUUUGGUAACGAAGACGAAACGUCUGUACCAAGCAGAAAGAGAAGGGACGUAGCACUCUCAGGGAUUUCAGGGGGAGCUAGUUUGUUGGACCUUAGCCUGGCUGUCAGUGCUACAUGGCAAGGAAACGUUAUCAUCGGUGGAGGAUUAACAUUGAAAGGUCUUGAUGCUCUCGAAAAGCGCAUAGCCAACAUGACCAUUGGGGAGUUGGAAGCAAUGCUGGAUCUUCAGAACAUCGACCCGAUCGUUGUGGUUCAAUUGAUGAAGGACUUACGCUCUCUUUACAGAACCUUUACAGAAGAACUGAUUGAUGUAGUCACUGAAGGCAUUGCCGAAGAUGCGUUCGAGCAGUUUGACAUUGUGCUGAGUGGCAAAAUUACUUACCCGCUGAAAGACGGGGUGUAUUUCGAGAAAUCAUACACGACCGUCCUUGGUGGUUUUAUAAGGCUACAGUUCUAUGUUGAAGCUGGUGGUUUCUGUGAAAUGGAGAUACCAAUGUCUGUCUACUUUGUUUCAAUGCAUGCCACGGGUGGGGUGAUACUAUCAGCUGGAGCAUAUGCAACAGCCGGCGUUCGUAUAUGUCUCGGGCCGAUGUGUGGAGAGAUGGAACUCACUGCAGAGAUGCUCAGAACUACCUUCCCCACAACAGCUGAGAUAUUCUUCUCAAAGUUUCCAUUGGAUGUUGGGUUAAAAUUGGAAGUAGAAAUGAUCCCACUUACCCUUGUCCUCAGAGGCAAAGUGACCGUCAACUACGUUUUUGGAAAGAAAACGCUUUAUAAGAGGGACUUGUGGCGCUACCAAACUCGACCGAUUGGUGGCACCAUAUUCCACAUUGAGACCAAGGAUCCUGACCCAUCACCACCAGAGAUCUCAGAAUAUUCCUCUCAGGAUGUUGCAGCCAGAAGUGCAGGAGGGAACAACUGCGGCGUGGAGCAGGUUCCUGGGCUAGACUACACAGAGCCAGCCUUCCAGCUAGAGAUGGUCGCAGCUGAUGACAAGAGCAUAGUCACGUUCUUCUACCAGGUCGGCACAGCACCAGGAGGCAGCGAUGUUCUCACUAGGACAGAGUUUGGAGGACCCUCAGCCAUCAUCUCACAAAUUCUGCUAGGAGGCCAUCCUCUCCACUUCACCGUUCAUGCCAUGAACAACGGGGGAGGCACCGCCACGGCUACCUGCAGCCUGCCGACCUUUGACAUCACUCUGCCGACGGGUCGCAUCACGCCAGACUUCACCUCCACCAGUCACCCGUACAUACUCCGUGCCGCGGCUGUGGUGUACGACGAUUCUGUCCUCUUGAUGCAGAAGGAAGGGGUCGGGUUCGGCCCCGAAAUCUGGGGCGAUCAGAUUGUACCGUGGAAUACCAUUGAUCUCACAGAGAAGGAUGAAAUUGGAACAUUGGACAAUGACCUUGACUACUUCACCGCUGCCAAAAAAGGCCGCCUCAUCUCCAAGCCAACGUCGACUAUCAUCCAUCGCAACCCCAACUUCUGUGCGAGGGACUGCCUGGCCCUCCCAGAAAGCAAAUGUCUGAGUAUCAACUACGACUAUCGGGACUUCACCUGUGAACUGCUGGAGGAGAUUGAGGGUCAUGGGGUCGAAGUUCAUGAGUCGGGACUCUUCACCCAUUAUGAGCGCCUCGGUGUGGGUCACGCUGUAGAGUUCAACCACGAGUCCCUCCGACUAGACCACACCAACCUCUACUACUUCAACAUAGAGCUGCUGAACUACGUGGCGUAUGAGAACAUAAUUUCGUCCGUUGGCAUCGUAGCGGACUUCACAACACCGGAGCCAGGGCUGAUCAUGAAUGGGACCAGGGAUGAGGUGGUGCGUGAAGCGUGCGUGGAGUUCACACCAGAAGAAUGGGAGAGACGAUGCAUUGAAGACACACCGCUAGAUAACCAUCGGUAUAUCACUGAUGGUUCUGGUUCUAUGACAGUAUUCAACGGCCAUGAGGAACUAGUGGAUAUGCUGUAUACCCGAAGCAAUACCUUCAUGGCAGCCAACUGGGAUGGUUUCCAUGACAACGAGACCGGUAUUUACGGCUACACCUGGUCCAUUGGUUAUGCUGUCUGUGAGGAUGAUGUCAGCAUUCACAUUGAUCCCCACGCUCAUCUGUUUGAUGAGUCAGAGUGGACCCACGAGGGACUAGUUGUCAAUGUCAACCUGCCAGAUGAUGCAUACUUCAUCACGGUGCGUGCUCUCAACAAGGUAGAGUUUGGCGGUCCUAUGGCUCUCACUGUGUGUCACACCACUCCUCUGAUUGUUGACAAUUCUCCGCCCAUCAUUUACAGCAUCGAUGGCAUCACCUAUGACUCCUCCAUUGGUAGAAUUGGAUUGCAGGUCAACGCAACCGAUCCGGACUCUCAUCUGUUUGAGUAUCACCUAGCAGCAGGCAGGACUCCUAGGGAUAAGUCACUGCGUGAUUGGGAGGCUCACGUCUUGGCUGAACAGCUCUUCAUGGACUUCAAGAUACCCAACGGCAUACCCUGCUGGGUUAAAGUCAGAGCAGUCAACAACGUCGACCUAAGAACUAUCGAUCACGCGGAUGAGCCCAUUCUGGUUGAUGACAGUCCACCCAUCGCUGGUGACCUGUUUGAUGGACCCUAUGCUGGACGAGAUCUGGUCUUUACCAAGGACAGGAAUGAGAUUUGUGCCAACUGGCACAAUUGGUAUGACCCCGAGUCUGGGAUCUUCUCCUACCUGUGGGCGGUAGGGACCCAGCCUGGCCUGAGUAACAUGGUGGACUUUAUUCAAGUUUCUCGCCACGAGCACAGCGCCUGCUCUGGCUAUGUGACCCUACAGCACGGGGAGACGUACUACUCAACGCUGGUAGCCUUCCAUGGUGGAUAUGAUAAACUCAACGUGUCUGCUUCUUCGGAUGGAGUGACUGUGGAUCUGACUCCACCACUACAAGGCAGUGUCUAUGACGGCCUGCUGCCUGGACCUACUGAUUUAGAAUUCUCCUCAAAGCCAGCCACAGUGGAGGCUCAGUGGCAAGGAUUUUCUGAUCCUGACUCUGGUAUCGAUGACUACCAGGUUACAAUCUAUCGCAAGCACGAUGGCAGCUCUAAUGACACCAAUGACUUUGAGGUCAUCCAUGAGGCAGAGGCAGUAGGCAGUGAGACAGCCUCCAUUGAGUGGCAUCACUUCCAUCUCCGUCACAAGGACCAGGUCUAUGUCAACCUGCGCACCAUCAACCAGGCACUGAAUCACAUUGAUGCUCCAACGGAUGGGUUCUUGGUAGACCUGACCCCUCCGAUGCUGAGAACUCUUGGAGAUGGACUGAUGGUGGGUGAAGAUGCUGACUUCCAGGCAAAUUUCAACAAUCUCUCUGUACAUUGGGACUACUUUGACGAUGAGUCUGGCAUUGAAUCCUUUGAGUUGGCUAUAUACGAGAUGCGACAAGGGAAAAAAAUCAAGAUCUUUCCCGCAGACUCAAACCCCAACAGCUUUGAAUUAAUACCGGACGCCAACGCCAAGUCCCACACACAGACCGGUCUGGCAUUGCGCAGCGGGUCUAUCUACAUCACACAUGUUAAGGCAAAGAACCAGGCUAAACUGGUAGCCUCUCACGAGACCAGUGGUAUCAGGGUAGAUCCUACUCCUCCAUUGAUGAGAUAUGUCCGCGGAGGCAAUCUGGACGGGGAGGUUGAAGAAGUCGUCAAUGGAUAUUUGUAUCAGAACAGUCGCAGCACCAUCCAGGCCUCCUGGCUGGCUGUAGAUGGACAGAGUGGCAUCAAAAGCUACUGGGUGUCAGUGGGAACUGCUCCAUAUUCUGAAGACAUCCAACAUUUCUCCUCCCUGGGCCCCAAGAGCGAUGGUAUCAUAUCAGACCUGAAUCUCCAACUGACCGACCCAUCAACAUGUAGUGAUGAGGCGUUCACCGUGGAUUGUCGGCCUGUCUACUACGUGUGUGUCAAGAGUCAGAAUGGUGCAGGGGCAUUCAGUGAUGUCAUCUGCUCCUCACCAAUCAGAGUGGUGGAGGAAGAUCAGACAGGUUACGUUACUGAUGGUCCAACCAUGCUACAAGAUAUCGAUGCACAGCAAGAGAGAACUACCGUCACUGUCUGGUUUGAUGACUUUGAGAGUGAGUUGCAUGGCAUAUCUCACUAUGAAUGGGCAGUGGGUACAACCCCUGGGGGUGAGGAUAUACAACCUUUGACCUCAGAUGGCAUAGUGCCUGGCGGUGAUGAAGGGGAACCAGGACUGGCUGCCAAGGGGAAGGCCCAGUCCCCUCUGCCCCUCCAGCACGGAGUGACUUACUACAGCACACUACGAGCCAUCACCAAUGCAGACAAUGUCUUAGAAUCCACAUCCAGUGGCUUCACAGUGGACAUCACUCCACCAGAGAUUAUGAUCACUGACCUGGGCCAGUACGAUGCAAGCGUGGACCUGAGCCUAGAAGGCGGUAGAGUCCUGUAUCAACCCAACACAGACUCCAUCGAUGGCACAUGGGAUGCCACAGACGGAGAGAGUGAUAUUACUGCUACCUAUUUCUCCAUGGGCCAGUACCCAGGAGGAAGCGAUGUGUAUCCAGUCACACCAACCAACAAAUCCUACGUUCCAUUAGCGCUGAUAACUCCUACAGAUAUAGGGCUGCCCAAUAUUCUCACUGUACGCGCAAUCAACAGCGUUGGGCUGAAGCGGACUGUUUAUACCACUAGUAUGACUGCUGACAACACGCCGCCUAGUGUUGGUCAGGUCCAGUGCCCUGCUUUCAUCCAUGCCAACAGUGCCCUGUUGUGUAGCUGGUCUGAUUUCCUGGAUGCUGAGUCAGGCAUUGGCCACUACCGCAUGUCUGUUGGCACAGCACAGGGUCUUGACGAAGUGUUCCUAUCCGGUGACCUGCCCGGGCAUCUUUCUCACUACAGCAUCAAAGAUCUGAAUCUGAUUCACAACAAAGUCUACUAUGUCACGGUGGAGGCCUUCAAUGCUGUCAACCAAAGCACAAUGGCAUUCUCUGGUCCUAUUGAGAUCGACGAUACACCUCCAUCAUAUGGCCUUGUAGUGGAGCUGUCUGGUGUGUACAGAUACAAUUUCAGUGAUCCUAUCGACCUGCCAGAAUGGGACUGUACAAACGAUGAGGAAUGCUUGAGCUUGGACGGAGAGUGUCUGGAAUCGAUUACCCAGCUGCAGAUCCUGUGGCAGCCGUUCACCGAUGAAGACACCCAGAUCACCAAGUAUGAGGUUGCCCUGGGCACCACACCAGGAGGGUCUCAGAUCAAACCUUUCUACGAGGUGUCCAGGGACCAGACGUCAGAGCUUAUUACCAACAUUGAUCUGAGUAGCAUCCGUAGGGUCUACGCUACAGUAAGAGGCUACAACGAAGCCGGCCUGACUAGCACUGCCGUGUCCAAUGGCAUCUAUGUGAGCCGCUUCAGUGCUGGACUUCAACCUCUCAGACCAUUCCAAGUCAAAGAUGGAAUCACUGAUGUAGACUUGGAAGACUCAGACUUCCAGACCUCGCUGCAUGAGAUGAGCGCAUCCUGGGAUUUCAGCGGGGAUCCGUGUCCAAUGAAGAAGUACGAGUGGGCCAUCUAUAGAAUCGAUGAGCAAGAAAUUCAGCCACUGACUGAUGUUGGAGAGCUGACAUCAGAUUCCAAUACAGACGUCAAAAUGGUAGAUGAUGAGACCUACUACUCCGUCGUGCGGGCUACCAACGCCCUGGGCCUGGCCGUCACGGUCCGAUCUGAUGGAAUCACAGUCAAGCGUGAUCCCUUGAUACCUGGCCAGGUCUAUGAUGGCCUCCUAGUGGGCUUUGAUCUGACUUACCAGAAGGAGACUGAUAGCAUAUCGGCAAGCUGGAAGGGCUUUGGAGAGGGGACACAACCCAAGGAAUCCGUGGAGCAUACAGGCAAUGAUGAAGUUACCAAUGACCAGACCACCCAGCAAACUGUGGAUUACUAUGAGGCAGCUGUUGGUACCGACCGUCGCUACCCCAAGACCAGGGACAACACAGUGCCCUUCACCUACGUCGGUCAGAACACAACGGUCACCUUCAGAAAUCUUGACCUCAAAGCCCUAGACUCUACGUACUACGUGACGGUCAGGGGACACAGCGCUAGUUUCUCCACGGCAGAGGUGACAUCAACUGGGAUCAACGUUGGUGUGGACAGCAAAGUCAUUGUGACUGAGGUUGAAAUCCCAGACUUUGUGAAUUCCCUGUCUGAGGUGGAGCUCCAGUGGGGCAAAUUUGAGUCCACCUUCCCCAUCCUGCUCUAUUACGUCGGCCUGGGCAAACCCUCCCCUGCCUCCAUCCCACCUGAAGACAUGGACUGCCUGGAUAUGCUGUUGGGGACGGCGCAAUCCCAGGCUACCUUCAGUGAGAAGCCCAUGUAUUUUGUGGGCAAAGACACCUUUGUGGAUGUCAAGGGUCUGAAUUUGACGCAGGAAGGAUCCUACUAUGUCACUGUUGUGGGGAUGAAUGAAGCAGGUCAGUGUAACUCCUCUACCAGUCACUUCUCUGUGGAUAUCACUCCACCCGUUGAGGGUCGACUGCGUGCCGGACCGUUCUAUGGCAUGCCUGUGACAUACACGGACAGCAUCGAGUCAAUCCCAUUGGUAUGGGAGGAUUUCAGGGAUGAUGAGAGUGGAAUCAAAUCAUUCAACAUACGUCUCGUGCAAGCUGCGUCAUGUGAUGUCGAAGACGACAACAACACGAUGCCGGUACCUGGCCAGGACUGGUUGGUACUCGGCCCGGAUAUUGGAGAUUUUACAUAUGUGGACUUGAACCUACAGAUGAACCACCCUUACUUUGUCCAGUUGUUAGCUGUCAACCAGGCAGGAGAUAGUAUCCAGACCCAAGUGGGACCCAUCUUUGUUGACUUGUCUGAGCCGACUGCAGGACUGGUGGUUGAUGGAAUGGACUUCAAGAUGGACCUCACUGACAGCGGAGACAGAACCCAAGUUGCUGGCACAAUCCUACACUUGCCCAACCCAGUGGGCCCACCCUGUCCGCUGAGAGACAUUCCCUUCACUGAUCCACAGUGGUCAGCGAUGGACUUCAAGGGACUCUGGAGCAUGAACAGGGAGAACUGGGAACUGGAGUACCAGUCACAACAGAUCUUUGCAUCUGAGGAGAGUUUGACAGUGAAGAUGGAGCGAGACACUCAAGGGCCUCGUAUGCUGUCUGGAGCAUACGUCACCAAUGCACAGAUUGUCAGGAGCUCAGAAUAUGAGUUUGACUUGAAAGCUGCCUCGCCUGACCUGCACAGUGUGACCAGCAUUCUGUUCUGGGAUGGCCCGGAUGGAGUCAUCGGGGAAUAUGACUUUGGUGGACGGGAGAACUGGCAAGAAGGGAUAUGUCAGUGCUGCUAUAUCAAGCCUCUCAACCAGUCUGCCUGCCCGUUGUGCGAUUGUGCAGACUUCUUGGGUGUCACUGAGGACUAUAACGCAACCUAUGCCGUUCCAACUGUCAAAGAGGUUACCACAACCGAAGCCACCAAGCCACUGCUCACCACAGAGGCUUAUAAACCCUGGUCUAUUGAGGAACCAGACGAAGAUGGAGACAGUGUCUCUGACGAGGACAAGGGGAGAUGGAUUCAGCAGAGAGCAUGCGGCUUGCAACUCUAUCCAAACGGCAACGUAUCGCAGGCAGUCUUGUGGUGCCGUUACUUCAAGGAUGAGUGGCCGAUGUCGUCCAGUGUCGUAGAUCUAGACUUUGACCCCUCCGUGGAGGAACGUCAUUAUGCCAUCAACUUCAAGGUUAUGCCCUUCGAUGCUGAGGAGGAUGAGUGGUCGUUUGAAGUUUACAUUGGUGGUAAGCUGCUGUCCUCAGUGACUGGCAUACCUGUCCUGUCCUCAUCCACUAAGCUCAUCCUUCAUGUCUUCAAUCGAGACAGCUACGUCGCUGAGCUACUGGACCCCUUCAAUCCUCCAUCUGUCUCGGCAACACUCAGAAAUAUGAGGAUGCCGCCUGAUCAGAGCAAGCUGUGUCGGUACGGGGCACCAUUCAGGGCUGGAACCAGUCCUGUCUCACGCUACUUUGCUGGUAUCGGCUCUGAAGCAGGGGCCACAGAUAUUGUUGCAUUUGAAGAGGUUGCAGAGCCAUGUGUCCCCUGCAUCAAUCCGUGUGAUCGCUACCAGUGUGAUCCCUCAUGUUCCAUGGACGCUGCACCCAUCACAUUCACACUCACCAACCUCACUCUGCCCAGGCUGGAACUCCUGAAUUGGACCAGCUCUGAUAACAACACCAAUGCAACUACACCUGCUCCUAGGGAAGAGGGACAAGAGUUUCCAUUCUUCUUGACAGUCCAAUCCUACUUAGGCAACGGCAAAUCAGUGAUAGCCUCCUCCAAUGGUUUCUACAUCGAUGACACCCCAGCAGAGCUGGACAUAUUUUUCUACACCGACUCCAACUUCAAUGAGUUUGAGCCCACAUCAUACCAGUCCUCGGCCUCCAUCAUUCAAGUCUUGUGGAGCUUCCUGGACAUGGAGAGUGGCGUAAAGGAGCAUUACUGGGCCAUAGGAACCUCCAGAGGGACCACAGACCUGCAGGACUUUGUCAACGUUGGGCUAAACCAGACAGCUACUAGCAUUGAUCUGACUGGAUUACUACAUCACAACACUACGUACUAUGCGACUCUCAAAGCUAUCAAUGGAGCAAGCUUGGAAGCCAUAGUGGAAUGUGAUGGUGUAACUGUUCUGCUGGAACAGCCUGCUGCAGAUGACGUCAACACCACCUCCAUGUUCAGCGAGAAGUUUAAGGAGGAAGUGUACCCACCCGAUGUGGAGAAGAGCACCGACCCAACCAAGACUGGGACCUCCUGGUCUAAAUCCAAGGAUAAAUCUGUGGCUCGCUAUGAGUACUGCGUGAGUAGCUCCGCCAACCUCCUAGAUGACAUCAUUCCCUGCAUGGUGGUUGGAGGCAACUCCUCCGGCUCCGUGGCCAUCGAGAACGGAUUGAUUAUCAUACGAGCCGGGCACCGGGAGGAGAGAUACAAGCUGGAUGACUUCCAGAUACCCAAGGACACCACCCAGAUAAUUGACAUCCCACCAAAGUUCAAAAUGGAACCUGGCAAGAGUCUCCAUUCUUGGCUGAAGGUGUGCAAUGCGGCCAAACUCUGCGUGACAACACCAGCAGGAACAAGCACUAUACUGGAGGACAGUGAUAUGAUGAUGACGUCACCCAAUGGUACAGACCUCGUCCUGAAAUCAUCGACAGGUCAGAGGAGGAGAAAGAGGGAUAUAGGCAACCACUUUGAUUUCACUGUGGCUACAAAGGGAGGUCUACCCCAGGGUGGUUCACUCAUCCUAGGCCUCCUGGAUGUCAAUAGAACCAACCAGGAAUUCACAUCAGACGCUCCGCUCGAGUAUACACCCUACAUCACUAAUCCCCUGAACACCAUCCAGUACACAUCAAGACUGCUUAGGCACAGGGUACGCUUUGUCUAUGAACCAACAUUCUACAUCACCAGUCUUGGGCAGACAGAGCUGCAUGGACCAUUGGUCAUCAGUCUUACUCUCAGCUCACUGGGCAACUGGACAGACACAAAGGCUAGACUAAUCUACUGGGAUGUUGAUAACGCUGAAUGGCGAGAUGCAGCCAAGACAUGCAGUGAAGUGGAUAAGAUAACUUACACUGAUGAUGGAGCACAAAUCAAUGUUGAGGUUUGUUCUACGAGGUCUCCAUCAGUCUCAUCACCCACAGAGGCGACACGCAAGCGACGCCAGGCAUCAGACCCACCCUUCUUCAGCCGUGAGACCCAUUUUGCACUGGCUCAGGUCACUACUGCCAUCCCAAAUAACCCGCCGGAAAUCUCAGAUCUGCCUGAAUACUUCUACAUGAAUGAGGACCAAGGUACUUUGGUCUACACACUUCUAGUAAGCGACCCCGAGGAUGACAUCCUUGCUUUUGAGGUUGACCAGAUUGGAGACCUGAGAGGAGAAGCUAAUAUCACCAAGGAUGGAGUACUGAGCUUCACACCAUGUCUGGAUUGUCAGGGGACCGCCACCCUGCAAAUCACUGUGAGAGAAGUUCAGACCUUUGCUGAGAUAGCGCCCCUGUCUACCACUGUCAACAUUUUUAUUGAGGUCAAGCCUGUCAAUGAUAACCCGACCUUGUUCAGUGCACAGGAUGGGAGCAUUGUUGGAAAUGGGCGGAAUGCUCUGCUCAUAGUUGAGCAGAACACCGGGUCCAACGUCGCCUACAAGGAUCUGACUCUUGUGCUUGGAGCCUAUGACCCUGACAUCAACGAUAACCUGACCAUUAUAACUCAGCCUCCAUCGUAUGGAACCCUGGAAGAAACACACCAGUCGGAAGAAGUACCCUCAACCCAGAACUGCAGUGAGCCCUCUGUUGACAGCGAAGAGCCAACCAUCCCUUGUGGACUUGAGGUACCGCAUGACGGGGAGGACAUGAGUUGGACAACAUCCAUGUACACCUAUGCUCCAAACCCUAACUACCACGGCAGGGAUAGUUUCCUUGUCUUGGCGGAGGACCUGUCUGGAGCCAUGUCUCAGAUACUAGAGGUACAGAUUGCCGUGCUGACUAACCCUUGCAUCCAUGAAGGCAUCUGCAGAGGUCCUACUGAAGACCCUAAUUGUACCUCCCCAGCAAGAAGUAGCAGUUUUGAGUUCUACUUCUGUGCCUGUCAGCCCGGCUGGGUGGGCGACAUCUGCCAGACUGAUUACGAUGAGUGUCAGUCCACACCGUGUGAAUACCCAUACGUCUGCUAUGAUCACCUCGAUGGAUUUGCGUGUGCGUGUCCGCUGAAUGAUCCGGUGUGCGACGACCUGCAUUGGGCAGCUAAGGUAGCCCUUGGUGUGGUCUGCAGUCUUCUUAUCCUGUUCAUCAUUGCUGCUGUGGUCUUCAUUGUGUACAAGAGGCAUCACGCCAAAAAAUGGAAUGAAAUGUCUGAGCCUGAUGAUGGCAGCACCUCCAACCUUGCUGUUGAUGCUUCCAUAUUUGCUGUCGGCCCUGGUGAGUUCAAAGAUGGCGACAGUGAUGAGAACCAGCCUAGUACCAGCAGUAGAGCAAGCUCAUCAUCCCAAGAGAGGCCCAAGUCAGCAGGCUCUGGAUGCUCUGCAAGUUCUGAUGGCUCUUCCAAGAAGUCCAGCAAGAAGGCAACCAAAAGGCCUUGGUCUGGCCUUAGGCGUUCCAACGCUGUUGGAGAUGCUUCUCUCGUAGCUGGAGCAGCUUCCAUUGUAGAUGGCGAAAGUCCUGCUUGGACUUCUACUGAUGUUGAUGGUUCAUCUGAGAGCCCUGCCUUGGCUGACAAGUGGGCAGAUCCAACCUUGCCUGCUCAGAGCUGGGGAAGUCUCCAGGAUGAUGCCGAUUCUGCUUGCAAGGGUGGAGCAUCCCAAGAAGCAGCCAAAUGGGACGAACCGAGUCAGAAGGAUGUUGAAGCUGGUGAAGAGGAGGAGAUGCUGGAUUUGCAGACGUCUCCAUUCUCCUGCAACGAGGAUGUCAGCCAAAAGAAACAGCCACCCCUGCAAUCCUGUAUGAACUUCGGAGACACUGACCUACUUGUGGAUGUCGAUGAUUCAGUGGUUUAACUGAUCAAAAAGACACUCUAUCUCUGUCUACCUAUGUUUCCCUGGAAAUUCAAGUCCAUCAGCAAAUCCCAGAAAAGGGGAAACUUUUUUUACAGUAUAAAUCUCCCCACAAAACUUCUGAUCAAUCAGGCUAAAAACAUGUUGAUGAUCACACGUGUGAUAAACACCCAAGUAUUUUUACAAGUGUGACGUUGAGGAAUAUAAAAAAAAUAAAUGUGAAUUUUGUUCAUCAUGGAUCAUAUAACCUGAUAUAUUGAUUGUUUGUUGAAAUAGUACACAAGAAGAUUUUAUACAAACCUUAACCCAUGCAGAUCCAAUUUACCUCCCCGAUAAAAAUUUAAAUUAAUUUAAAAAAAUUUCCUAGACGGUGAAAAGAGCACCGAGAAAACAAAAAACAGCGGUUUGUCAAAGGACUGAAUUAGACAUCAGACAAAGAAGCAAGGAAUGGAACGUUUUCACGCUUUUGUAAUCUUCAUUUCCUGUUAUACCCAGAUUCUAGUCAGUAGCUGUUUAUUAAAACUUAGAAGAAGUUUAAAUAUUGCUUUGAAAUAUUGGCGUCUUCUGAUGACUAUAAGUAACUGCUCUGAUGCAAAAACAGUGGUUUUAAAACCUGUUUAAAUUUUAUUACAAAGCUUAAAUUCAUUUAAUACUGGUAAAACAGAUAAAUAGAAUAGUCAACUAACAAAACAAAACAAAAUGAAAACAAAAAUUACACUGAUUAUGAUCACUAGACAACGAAGCCCUUGGAUUUCUGUGGAAUUUGGCUUCAUUAAGUUUCUGAAAAUUAUCUGAAAAUUGUCCUGAUAUUUAAAAUAUAAAGAUAAACCACAUAGCAUGUGUGUUAACAAAUCACUUCAAAUUCAAUUGGUUAAACAUUUAUGUUGCAAAUCAUCCAUGAUUUGUGGUCAUGACAGAUUGCCUUGAGAAACUAAUUGCUUCAUGAAACUCAGAUGUGUAAGUAGAAGUUGUAAUCAAAAGAUUCACAAGUUGGAGGUAAUGGACACCAUUAAGAUGGGUCUUUGUCAGUGGCGUAGCCAGGAAUUUUUCAGUGGGGGGCGCUGGGGGGCUGAAACAUUUCAUGGGGGGG